GGGUCAGUGGUCACCCUGAGGGGUCACUCAGUGUCUGUCUGUCCCCUGUGUGUCCCAGUCCGUUUGUCCUGGACGAGUUCAAGCGCAAGUACUCCAACGAGGACACGCUGUCGGUGGCGCUGCCGCACUUCUGGGAGCACUUUGACCGCGAGGGUUGGUCCCUGUGGUACUGCCAGUACCGGUACCCCGAGGAGCUGAGCCAGACCUUCAUGAGCUGCAACCUCAUCACAGGGAUGUUCCAGCGCCUGGACAAGCUCAGGAAGAACGCCUUCGCCUCCGUGGUGCUCUUUGGGAAGGACCACGACAGCAGCAUCUCGGGGGUCUGGGUGAUGAGGGGGCAGGAGCUGGCCUUCACGGUGAGCAAACCCCAAAAAUCCCACAAUUCACCCCAAAAAAAUCCCCAAAAAAUCAGUGACGUGGUGUUUGUGGGGAGAAAAACCCAAAAAUCUCCACUGAAAUACCCCAAAAUAUCCCAAAAUAGCCCCAAAAGCCAAGGUCUGGGUGAUGAGGGGGCAGGAGCCUUCACGGUGAGCAAACCCCAAAAAUCCCACAAUUCACCCCAAAAAAUCCCAAAAAAAUCAGUGGGAUGGAAUUUACGGGGUGAAAACCCCAAAAAUCCCCACUGAAAUACCCCAA